ACACACCCAUCCGUUCUCUCAUUUAGACCAGCGGCCAUUCAUGUUGUUGGACUACUGCUGUCGUUGCUGUGGAUUCACGCUCAUAAAACGCCAUGGACCCUUCUCCCUCAAGACCACACCCAGUGAUACCUGGGUUGUCCUCCAGAAUCUGUUGAUGUGUAUGGUGACCUUCUACUCUCUUUACUACAUCGCGGUCAGCCUCUGCAUUGGGCUGCUCAGGGUUCCUGAGAUUGACAGCUUGUUGGCUCCGUUUGACUACACAACGCAGCCAUCAUGGCAGAACCCCAAAUACCUGGUCAGUGUAAUUUCCACAGAAGUGACCUACGUUUUGGGAGGCCUGGUGUUCGCCUGGAUCGUGGAGGAGUGGGUUUGGGACUACGCCAUCACUGUCACACUCCUGCAUAUAGCAAUGACCGUGGCAGUGAUGUCAGACUUCCCCUCUGCAGAACACUGGUGGAUAGCUCUGGCCAGCUGGAGCAGAUUUGUUAUGUUGUUACCUGUGUUUACAGUAGUCUUAGUGUGAGACGGAUAUCUUGGAUUAUAGCUGGUCAACAAACUCUCCUUUAAUCUCUCUCUCUCUCUCUCUCUCUCUCUCUCUCUCUCUCCUCAGGUUCAGGGUUGGUGAUGAUGAUAUUUGGAGGACAGCUCCUGGCCUAUAAACUCUUCAGAAACAACUUUGUGUAUCCGACCGAGCUGCAGAACUUCUGACGAGCAGAGGGGCAUUAGGAUUGAACAGCUAGCCAGCUCAUUUCCAUAAUUUAUUGUAACUUACAGUCCUCUUCUUUUCAGUCUUCAAUCAUAAUUAGCAUGUUUACAUUCGAUUGUGCAAUUUAUCCCAAAUCAGCUGCGGUUUUCACUGGCUAACUGGUUAAUCUCACAGGUUGACGGACCCACAUGGGGGUUAGGUUUUUCAAAGCAUCUUACUGCUAAGUUCACCUUAUCCCUUGGUUAGGACUGGACAACAUUUUAAAUAAAAUAACAGCGAGAUGGACAGCUUGUUAUUAAUAAAUAAUAACAGGAAAACUUUGUCUGUUGGCUAAAAAUCCGGCCACAUUUACAGCAAAAGAUCAGAGAGACACCUUUGUCUGUUGGCUCACAUUUUAAACUACCCUUUAAUAUUAAUUAACAGAAAAACCUUGUAUGGGUCAAGGAUGAUCUUAGCAAUAAGAAACUGGAUAUUGUUUGUUUUUCAGCCAUAUUAUGUACAGUUAAAGAUAUCGUUUUGUAUUCUGUUUUUUACACCUCACAUAAACUAUGUGUAAUAGACUAGAUGGCAGCUGUAACACUAAUUGUAACACAUACUGUAAUUUGACCCAGACUAGAUCUACAAACAACACAAAAUGCCUUGCUCUCCUUUCUUUAAUCUUUGCUUAGAGGUGACCGUCACAUGUCCAUCUUCAGGAAAACAUCACACACAGUCCUUUGAACCAUUUGGCUGUGUUUGCACCAGCAGGUCAAAUGACAAAUCCUGAUCUUUAACAAUAGUUUGGCAAAGCCGUGCACGCAGUGUUACUAUAUGUGGCCUGUAUUCAUCAAUGUAUGACACAGAAAAUAUCACAUCACAAGAUCAGAUCUGUACCACCUGUGGUUUUUCGUUAAGUUUAAAAUCAGAUCCAAAUCACCGUGUCUUUGAUUUCAUUGUCUCAUACCUGAGAGGACUGAACCUGUACUACAACGACCAAUGACCUACCAAUAGACUUUCAUGAGUAAGACAGACUAUUUAUAUAAUAAUAUAGCUAUGGGUUUAGAUUAUUAGAAAAAAACCUGUUGGAAACAUUAAAUACUUGCUGCAAAAUGUGA